UUUUUUAAGUAACAGGUGCUUUGAUAAGAACAUUACUAUUUAUAUUAUUUAAAAGGCUAUUUCAAUUCCAUUCUGAAGUAGAAACUCGAGGAAUAAACCACCCAAAAUGAUCUUUAAAACCGUAUUCUACAUCUGCGCUCAGGCUCUUGUGAUGCAGUCCAUCUCCGGGCAGUGCAUCGGCGCCGGCUGGGGCGCGGCGCCUUACGCCGGAACUUGGGCAGGCGCUCCCUUCGGCGCUGUCGGUCUCUGCGGCGCUGAAAUGGUCGCCACUCCCGCUUUCUCCGGCGGCGCUCUCCCAGUCGCCAGCGCCUCUGCUAUCCCACCCAACGGAGUGUCCGUGCUGUCUGAGAACGCUUAUUGCGGAGAGCUCGCCGUCCGCGGCGCUUUGCCGUUCCUGGGAACUGUGGGUCUGGAGGGCGCCCUGCCCACUGCUGGUGCCGGUGCGGUUGCGUACGGUUGCGGAAACGGAGAGGUCGCUAUGUUAAGCGAGAACAUUGGUGCUGCAGGCAUCGCCGGUGCCGCUAUUGGCCCCUACGGUUACGGUAACGGCUACGGCUACGGCUAUGAUGGUCUGGCUGGAGCCGCCAUCGGCCGAGCCGGCUGUGGGUGCGGAUGGGCCGGCUUCUACUGAAGCUCGUCUUAUAGAUUAAGACGACUUAGUUACGAAGGACAAUAAACCGAAUUCAAGCAUUUAAA